AGAUCAGCAAGGAGCUGCGGCGAGCCCAGGAAGAAUGGGAGGCUGUGGAAGAGAUCCAGUCAGGGCUGGGGGGUACGUCAGCCAGUGCUGUGCCCCCGAUCUCCUUCAACGAAGCGCUGCAGUACUUCCAGACAGCUGACCUUUCUGAGUGCAGGAAGAAGGUCCGGGCGACAGUACGCAGGCAAGGCCUGGCUGCUCUGGUUCACUUCCUCUUCGGCCCUCCCCGGCUCCGCCGCAGACUGGCUCUGGCCAUGGCGCAGUGUGAGUGCCCUCUCCGCCCCAACGCGGACUGGACUCUGGCUUUACCCUGCAGCUGGGGGUGGUUUCUUUCCCACCGUGUCUCUGCACUAGCACUCGAGGACAGCAGGGCAGGGAUGCUGAGGGGUGUAUUUCAGAUACUGAGGAGUGUUUUCUCUCUGCCAGGUGGUUUGGAUGAUAACGAGAGAGUGCACAUGAGAAUCCUGCAGACCAUUUACAAGAAGCUAACCUGCUCCAGGUUGGGCUGCCCACGCUAUGGGGCACACUGGGAAGAGCUUGGCUUUCAAGGUGCGGAUCCCGGGACUGACCUGCGAGGGACAGGGAUGCUGGGCUUGAUGCAGAUGCUCUACUUCGUCAUGGACUCUCAGAUGCUGCCUCUAGCUCAAGAGAUUUUCAAGCUAUCCCAGCACGAAACCCAGAAUUUCCCCUUCUGCAUCAUGUCUGUGAACAUCACCCGCAUCGUCAUCCAGGCCCUGAGGGAGGAACGUCUCUGCAGGGAGUGCAACCGCAGGCAGCAAGUCAUUGCCGUGCUGAACGACCUGUAUGCGGCGGCCUUUCUGCAGCUCUACCGCAUCUGGAAAUGGCAGCACAAAACCCUCGCCGACUCCGGCUUCCUCCUAAAGGAGCUGGAGUUAUCCACCAAGAAGAAACCAAGGCAGCUCCUGAAAUCCCUGGAGGCCUACGUGAACCGAAACCUGGUGGCAGAUGGCCUUCAGCAACCAUCCCCUCCCUCUACCUCCAUCGGCAGCAGCCGGGCUGGCGAGGAGAUCAACUUCACAGGCGUUUGUGACCUGCAGGUUGAGCUGGAAGGAGAAGCCCGACUGAUCUGA